CAGCUCCCCCUGCCGGCCGGCCGCCGCACAGCGCAGUGUGUGUGCGCGCGCGCCCCGGUAAGCGACUGCCGCUGAAGAGACAACACCGCUGUCUGCUGUCAGCCUGACCCGUGACCGCCAAUGGAGUACAUGAACAACGCCUCGAACAGCUACGGUUCUGGAGACACCGUUAGCGCCUCCUUAGCCAACAUGACCAUCAAUGAUCAACAUCACCAGGAGAACGGCGUCAAAAUGAAAGACGAAGGAGCAGUGAUCUCUGAAAACGGGCUGAAAUCUGACCUUUCUCAGCCAGAGAGCAGCCGAUUGGAUGAUGAGAUGCUUCCUGAUACUUCUGCAGAGGAAGGAGCAGAAGUUGUUUCUGAGCUCUCAGACAAAGAAAGAGAAGACGAGGGCCAAGCAGCAGGAGCUGCGUCUGCAACAGCUCAAGCAAAGACAAACAACGGAGAGAAGACUGAAACCGUUACCACGACAACCUCUUCCCUUAAAAGACCCUCUGUUGUCGCCAAGAGCAACAAAACCGGUGCUUCCUGCCGAAACGGCCACAGCUCCAUCCCCAUUAAAGCCAGCAGCAGCAGCAGCCCGGGGCCCAGGCAGCCCGGAGUUUCUGCUGCUGCCAAGCCUCAAGUCCAAGGAGCCAAACCUGCUGCCAGGAGUGCAGCUAAUCCAGAUGCCAGAAGCGGGCAGAGCAGCCCCGGGACGCCCAAGUCCCCCGGCAGCCAGGCGCUCUCUGCCGCCGAGGCCAAAGUGAAAAAGGUGGCCGUGGUGCGUUCCAACCCCAAAUCUCCGGGAUCGCUGAAGAGCCGUUCUCCGGCUCCUCUGGCCGCCGCCGCCCCGCUGCCCGACCUGAAGAACGUCAGGUCAAAGAUCGGCUCCACGGAGAACAUCAAGCACCAGCCUGGAGGCGGAAAGGUCCAAAUCCUGGAUCAGAAGUUGGACUUUAGUAAUGUGCAGUCUAAGUGUGGCUCCAAAGACAAUGUCAAACACAAGCCAGGGGGAGGAAAUGUCCAAAUCCUGGAUAAGAAGCUGGACUUAUCCAAUGUUCAAGCUCGCUGUGGUUCUAAAGACAACCUGAAGCACCGACCCGGGGGAGGAAAGGUCCAAAUUCUUGAUCACAAGUUGGACCUGAGCAGCGUUCAGUCCCGCUGUGGCUCCAAAGAUAACAUAAAACAUGUACCUGGUGGUGGCAAUGUUCAAAUUGUGCACAAAAAGAUUGAUUUGAGCAACGUUACGUCAAAAUGUGGAUCAAAAGACAACAUUCAUCACAAGCCAGGUGGAGGAAACGUGGAGAUCAAAACCGAGAAGCUAGAGUUCAAAGUUCAGUCCAAAGUGGGCUCUCUGGACAACAUCGGUCACGUCCCCGGAGGUGGACAGCGGAAGAUUGAGAGCCACAAGCUGAGCUUCCGUGAGACGGCCAAGGCUCGCACCGACCACGGCGCUGAGAUCAUCUCUCUGGAAGACUCGCCCCGGCAGCUCAGCACCGUGUCCUCCUCCGGCAGCAUCAACAUGACCGACUCCCCGCAGCUCUCCACGCUGGCCGACCAGGUGUCCGCCUCUCUGGCCCAGCAAGGCUUGUGAACGCGCCCCGCCCUUCCUGCACCACUAGAGGAGUCCUCCUUACUUUCACUGGACUUUUUUUUAAGCUACCCAUCACUGUUUAUCCUCCACUAACCUUUUAACUUUACUGAGGCGUAACUUUUAGAGAACAGGUAGGCCAGAGUGCAGCGGUUUCUCUCUGUGGUCUUCUUGCAAAUAUUUAAACCUUUUGUAGUAAAUAUUUAGGAUUUAAUGCACCCAGUCGAGCAGAAAUUUCCCAGUGAAUCUGAGUGAAUUCUUUCAACUCAUCCUGAUAAAAAAACGGCCUGAUUUCCUUUCAGACUGUAAAUCCUGACAGAUUCACCUUUGUUUUGUUUCUCUGACCCCCGUUUGAUUUAAAGGAACAGUGACAGAAUCUCAUGAAGGUUUGGGAGGAAAUGUCAGAAGAAUAGUAGCAUCUUUGUCUCUGCAGAAAAAAAACCCUCACUGCUUUCUUUGCUUGGCGUCCAGACGUGUGCUGCUCCUCAGAGGAGGGAGGAGACUCUGGUUGAUGGUGGAGAAAAUAGGAGCACCGAGGAGCUGAAGGAGGCGAAACAAAAGAAACCUGAUGAGAAAUGUUUAGAUAAAGUCGAAGGAAUCGAACCGCCUGCGUAUUUUAGCUGGUUUGCU